CCCCCCUGCAUCUUCUUCAACAGUUCGGAGAAUUGAUUAUUAGGGAACCCUGCAUGGGCGUUAUGAUCUAAGAAUCUUGUUUUGACCGACUCCUAUAUUUCUUGCUCACUACAGGCUGUCUCAUUUCUUAUCUCAUUAUGGCAAUAUCAAAGACAGAGACGGGGAAGGAUGUCGAACGCGGAGAGAUUAUAGACACGCCGUUUGAGGGUAUCUUAAAUUUUCGAGAUGCUGGGAAGAACAUUAACGAGUUUCUUGGGCAGAAGCUGGUUACUGAAGGGAGGGUAUUCAGAUCCGCUCAACCAGACGAUGCGACCUUAUCAGACAGAACGCGCCUGAAGGACGAAUAUGGUAUCAAGACCAUCAUAGAUCUCCGAACAGUAACCGAGCACGCAAACCGAGUGAAAAAGAGGCAAGGAGAUCUCGAGAUCCCUGUUCUCAUGCAGUCAAAUGCAGCUCUCGCAGAACCCUCCGAAAUUCCCGGGGUGGCCUAUUUAAACAUCAACAUCAACGGCAAGGGCUUCGAGCGAAGUCUCCUCUGGCAGCUUUCAACAUGGAGCAUCAUCAAACUUGUAACGCUCAUGAUCUUCGGCUACCGCAUGGAAGCAAUCUCCAUCCUCGGGCGUGAAGUAAUGCAGCCCCGAGGGCUUGUCGGGCUGGGGUUCGACUCUAUCGAUCACUGUGGACCCGAGAUUGCUGAUGCUCUGCGUGCCUAUUCUACCACUUCCAACUAUCCAAUUUUGAUCCACUGCACGCAAGGUAAAGACCGCACUGGCCUCAUCAUCGCUCUCAUCCUCUUGUUGCUCUCGGUCCCGGUACCGGCAAUAAGCUAUGAUUAUUGUAUGAGUGAGGGGGAAUUAGAGCCAGAGAGGGAAAGCAGACUGGUGGAGAUCCAGAGCAUUGGCCUCACGGAGGAUUUCGCGGGAUGUCCCGCCGAUUGGAUUGAGAAGAUGGAAAGGCAUCUGAACGAGAAGUACGGAGGAGUGAGGAAGUAUUGUCGUUCCAUUGGCUAUUCGGAGGAAGACGAAGAGAGUUUACUUGCUAUCCUCCGUGCGUAG